AUUUACAACCACCAAAAUAGAAAGAAAGAGAAAAAUAAUGAUCACCGUCUUCCGUUUCUCUCCUCCUUCUUCUUCCUUUACUACUACUACUUCUAUCACUUCAUCUUCUUCUCUGAAACUAAAAGUAGUACCGAAACAUCCUUCAUUUCUCCGUUCCCGGAAAAGCAGAAGAAUAACCACCUCUCGUGUUUCGGCGGAAGUAGCAGCGCCGGUUACGCUCGACGCGUUCUGGAAAUGGGUAUCCGACGAAGGAAUCAUUUCCUCCAAGUGUCCAUUGCAGCCCACCGUCGUCGCCGAGGGGCUAGGUCUUGUCGCCAAGAGAGACAUAUCCCGUAACGACGUCGUUCUCGAGGUACCUAAGAAGUUCUGGAUAAAUCCAGAUACAGUCGCGGCUUCUGAUAUCGGUAGAGUCUGCGGAGGAUUGAAGCCAUGGAUAUCCGUCGCUCUGUUUCUCAUUAGAGAGAAGAAACUCAAAGAUAAGUCCAAAUGGCGAUAUUAUCUUGACAUUCUCCCACAAACCACCGAUUCAACCCUUUUUUGGUCAGAAGAGGAGCUCUAUCAAAUUCGAGGUUCUCAGCUACUGAGCACGACGCGCAACGUCAAACAAUACGUGCAAACUGAAUUUGAGAAAUUGCAAGAGGAAGUCAUUAUUCCUAAUAACCAGCUUUUCCCAUUUCAAAUCCAACCAGAAGAUUUCUUAUGGGCCUUUGGUAUAUUAAGAUCAAGAGCUUUCUCUCGUCUUCGUGGACAGAAUCUCGUCCUCAUUCCCAUUGCAGACCUGAUCAAUCACAGUCCUGACAUAACCACAGAGGAAUAUGCAUGGGAGAUUAAAGGAGGCGGAAUUUUCUCCAAGGAGCUCUUUUUCUCUUUAAGAACACCUGUCUUUGUCAAGGCCGGUCAACAGGUGCUGAUACAAUACGAUUUGGACAAAAGCAAUGCCGAGCUUGCUCUUGACUACGGAUUCACAGAGAACAACCCCAGCCGCAACGCCUACACACUCACCCUGCAAAUAUCCGAAUCGGAUCAGUUCGUCGGGGACAAGCUGGAUAUCGCGGAACUAAACAAACUGGGGGAAACGGCGUCUUUUGACAUUGUUCUGGGGUCUCCUCUUCCGCCCAUGUUGCUUCCGUAUCUGCGGUUGGUAGCUCUUGGAGGAACCGAUGUUUUCCUUUUGGAAUCGAUUUUCAGGAAUUCAAUUUGGGGUCAUCUUGAAUUGCCUGUUAGCCGUAGUAAUGAGGAGCUUAUAUGUAAAGUUGUUAGAGAGGCGUGUACAUCGGCCCUUUCUGGCUACCUUACCACCAUUGAAGAGGAUGAGAAUUUGUUGGAAGAAGGCGGUCUUGAUCCAAGGGUUAAGACAGCAGUUGAAGUAAGAGCAGGAGAGAAGAAGAUACUGAAACAGAUAGAUGAGAUAUUUGAGAAAAGAGAAACAGAGUUGGAUGAGUUGGAAUAUUAUCAAGAAAGGAGGCUUAAGGAUCUGGGUCUGGUUGGAGAGCAAGGUGAAAUUAUAUUCUGGGAAUAAACAACAGAUCAAAUUACCACCAACAAAAUUAUGUACAUGUAUUUGUUUUAAAAGUGAUGUACAAAGCUCAAAUUUGAUGGACAAACAAACCAUGAGAUAAUUACGAGGAAAGUGACCAGUUUGGUAGAAAAUCAACAAAUAACUUACAAGCACGCUGGAAACAUGUAGAAAAUCGAUUAUGUAUUGUGUAUUGUUUUGUAUCUUCUUCAUCAUCAUCAUCACUUUCUGAUCAGCAAAUCUUACAUGUAAACUUUUGAAGGUCAAGAAGUGAAGAUGCCCCAGUGAUUAUCUGAUGAUGUUAAAUUCUCUUUUAUCUUUUCAAGAAUCUUGAGAAUUUCCAAGAAAUGUGGUCUU